AAAACACAAACUUUACAUCAAUAUAUUGUGGAUAAAUAAUUAAAUUUAAAGGAGAAAAUGGGAGAUAUGAGAAGCUUAGUGAAGAUGUUAAUGGUGGUUCUAUUUCUAGGAUGGAUUUUUAUUUGGAUUAUGAUUUCAACUGAUCUUUACAAAAGUAAAUGGACUCCAAAACUCGCCAAGAAUCUCAAUACUACUUAUUUUGGCCCUCAAGGCACGAAUCUUGUGCUACUCACAGUUCCAAUGAUGUUCAUUGCGGUUCUGAGUUGUGUUUAUUUGCAUACCCAGAAGAAACCAACCCAACCUCAAAGAUGGCAGGCAAAGUUUAGGGCUUUUGGACUGAGAAUGGGAUACGUGGGUCACUACUGCUGGGCCUUUUUGUUCUUCCCGGUGACAAGAGCCUCUACGAUUCUGCCACUUGUCGGGUUGACUUCGGAGUCAAGCAUCAAAUAUCACAUUUGGCUUGGACAUGUCUCAAACUUUCUCUUCCUCGUUCACACCGUCGUUUUCCUUAUCUACUGGGCUAUGACCAAUCAGUUGAUGGAGACCUUUGCAUGGAAUGCGACAUAUGUGCCAAAUCUAGCCGGAACAAUAGCGAUGGUCAUUGGAAUAGCGAUGUGGGUGACGAGUUUACCAUUCUAUAGACGAAAGAAGUUCGAGCUUUUCUUCUACACUCACCAACUCUACGGUCUCUACAUAAUCUUCUACGCAAUGCAUGUGGGAGACUCGUGGUUCUGCAUGAUCUUGCCAAACAUCUUCCUCUUCUUCAUCGACCGCUACUUGAGAUUCUUACAAUCCACAAAGAGAUCCAGACUUGUUUCCGCUAGGAUCUUACCUUCAGACAACCUUGAACUCACUUUCGCCAAAACCUCAGGCGUACAUUAUACCCCAACAAGCAUAUUGUUUCUACAUGUGCCAAGCAUUUCCAAGCUUCAAUGGCAUCCAUUUACUGUGACUUCGAGCAGCAACUUAGAGAAAGAUACGCUAAGUGUUGUGAUCAGACGACAGGGAACUUGGACUCAAAAGCUUUACACACAUCUCUCUUCUUCCAUUGAUUCUCUCGAAGUUUCUACUGAAGGUCCUUAUGGCCCUAACUCUUUUGAUGUCUCGAGGCAUGACUCUCUAAUACUAGUGGGCGGUGGUAGUGGAGUUACACCCUUCAUCUCGGUGAUCAGGGAACUCAUAUUUCAGAGCCAAAAUCCGACCACAAAGCUACCAGAUGUUCUUCUUGUUUGUGCCUUUAAACAUUACCAUGAUCUUGCGUUUUUAGAUUUAAUCUUCCCAUCGGACAUAUCAGUCUCAGAUAUUUCUAAGCUGAAUCUCCGAAUUGAGGCUCAUAUUACAAGAGAAGACAAGAAGCCCGAGACAACUGAUGAUCACAGACUUCUUCAGACAAAAUGGUUCAAACCGCAGCCUCUAGACUCUCCUAUCUCACCUGUUCUUGGAUCCAACAACUUCCUCUGGCUCGGAGUCGUGAUUUUAUCAUCAUUCAUCAUGUUUCUCUUGCUCAUAGCGAUUGUCACGCGUUACUACGUAUACCCUAUUCAACAUAACACAGGAAAGGUUUACAAUUUCUCGUAUAGAACGCUUUGGGACAUGUUCUUAGGAUGUGUGUGCAUUUUCAUCUCUUCAAGCAUAGUUUUCUUAUGGCGCAAGAAACAGAACAAAGAAGGAGAUAAGGAGUCCAAGAAGCAGGUUCAGAGCGUAGAGUUUCAGACUCCCACGUCUUCUCCAGGGUCAUGGUUCCACGGCCACGAGAGAGAGCUCGAGAGCGUUCCCUAUCAAUCUAUAGUACAAGCCACUUCAGUCCACUUCGGCUCCAAACCUAAUUUGAAAAAGAUUCUAUUUGAGGCAGAAGGUUCCGAAGACGUUGGGGUGAUGGUUUGUGGACCAAGAAAGAUGAGACAUGAGGUUGCAAAGAUAUGUUCAUCUGGUUUGGCUAAGAACCUUCACUUUGAGGCAAUUAGUUUCAACUGGUGAUUGAUUCCAUGUCCCAACUAUAUAUGUUUGUUUAAUUUAUUAUAUUCAUCAUAAUGACCGUUGAUGUUUAAAUGGGUUGCUGUUCAAUAUUUUUCUUUUGUUGGUUUAAUGAUUAUAAUUACUAUGAAGCUUUUAUUUGAAAGAAACAAUUCUGUUUAAA